CUCGUCAGUUCAACAACCAAUACGCGACUUGUAUGUAGUCAACUCGCCGGUAUGCUUUCGUUAGCGCAGCCGACUGAGGUCAGGAUUCUGGAAAUAGCUUUGAAUCUAAACACUUGUUGCAACCAAUAGAAUGCACGUGGCUUGAAUACCUGUACCCUUCCGGCCUCUCACUCUCACUUUGACUCGGCCUCUCUGGACCCGAUUUAAUCAGAGAUGGAACCAUAAGUUGAUAAAGAAUGGACGAAAGUCCAAGCAGCCUGCAGAAGGCGUUGGCAACAACAACAGCCGCGACAGGGGCCGUUACGGCCUCCCUACGGGGCCGCUUGAGGCAGUUCCAAGCAGAGCUUACGGGUGUGCUGAGGGUGGUGAAGGACCGGCCAUCCAUCAUCACCAUUCCGUUGCUCGUGCUUGGGCUCAUCCUCGGCGUGGGGAUAUGGGGCGUCAUGCGAGUGGCCCAGACCGACAGCGACAGCGCCAAGAACCGGGCGAGCGCGCUGGCCAUCGACACGGCCGUGUGGUACAGGCAGCAGCUGAGCAGCGCCAGCAGCAGUGUGGUGCUCAUGGGCGCCAUGGUGGUGCACGCGCGCGGCCAGUACGCGGCGGUGCAGGAGCUGUUUGGGGGGCUGGCGCCGGCGCUCAUGUCGCAGACCGCGGUCAACACCACCAAGAUGCUCGAAUACGUUCCCAACGGCGUUGUCCGCGACAUCUACCCGCUCACCGGCAACAACGCCGGCGCCGCGGGCUUCAACUUGUUCGGUGCGCCUGGCGACCGGGACGGCGCGGUGGCGACUGUGCGCGAGCGGUCCAUGACUCUGGUGGGGCCACUCAAGUUCUACGAGGGCGGGUACGGAGUCAUCGUGCGAGUGCCGGUGUUCGUGCCAGGCGUCGACGCAAAUGAGACGUUUGGUCUGCCCGACCCGCUGGACCCCUACUGCGGCGCCCCCUGCGCCUACAACGCCACCACCCGGACGGCCUUCUGGGGCUUUUCCGCCGGACUGAUUGAUCUUGAGGCCAUCAGCGCCAUGCCCGACUCCAAACCGCGAAUGCUGCAAUCCAUGGGCUACCGCUAUGAGAUACGCGCGAUGGGCAUCGCGGCGGCAGAUCUACGCGUGGUGGCGGCCAGCGAUCGGCCCCCUGUGGACCCGGUCGAGGCCAUCAUCAGCCUGCCCAACAACCAGUGGGUGGUGCGGGUGGCGCCCGAGGACGGCUGGACCAACGCCUCCUUCGCCGGCCUCUUGGCGGGGGUGGUGUUGGUGGCGGUGUUGGUGGCGGCGCUGCUGUUCGCGGCGCUGUACUCCCGUCGGCGGCACCAGAUGCUGCUGGAGGCGCUGCUGCCCAAGCAGAUGCUGCGGCACCUGCACAGCUCCGACACCAGCCUGCGCUGCGUCAGCGACCGCAUCCUCAACGCGGAGACUACGGCGGACAUGCUUCUGGGCCUGCUGGGUCAGCUGCUUGAGAACCAGAUGCCCAGCCUGCGCGAUGUGGUGUACUGCCGCCAGGCCAUCAUCCGCCGCACUGAGAUCUACGAGCCCAUCGCGCUGGGGCAGCACAUCCGCAACGCAAACCUGGACCGCGACGUGGCUCGCAACCUGAUGCACCUCAUGGGCCGAGCCGACGACUCGCCCUACGACGACGACUCCUUUGACUCGGCAGACGAGGAUGAUAACGAUGAUGACGUGGGCGACCAGCUGGUGGCUGGCGGCGUGCUACUGCUGUCGCUAGGCGGCGGCGAGGCGGACGGCGGCGGCGGGCACACCCUGGCGGGAGGAGGAGGGGGAGGAGGCGGUGCCGCCUUGUCGCCAUUCAGCACCGGGGCCGCCGCGGUGGCCGGAGCUUCCACGACGACGGCGGCGGCAGCGACUGGCGGUGGUGGUGGUGGUGGUGGUGGUGGUGGUGGUGGUGGUGGUGGUGGUGGUGGCGGCGGCGGCGGUCGGUCCAAACUGCGGUUCAUGUCGCUGCGCGGUGGCAAGGCGCGGCACCGGCUGCCGCUGCAGGGUGCACAGCCCGCCAACGGCGACACGCCCUCGUCGCAACGCGCAGGCCGCGGCGGCAGCGGCGGCACACCGCCCGGCGCCGUGACCAGGCCAGUGCCCGGCAGCGGCAGAGGCGGCGGCGGCGGGGGUUCGGGCGAGUCGCUGUCCGCCGUGCUCGCGCUCAUACUCACGCCGCAGCCGGCCGCCUGGGCCCCGGAGCCGGCCGCCGGCCUGCACCCGCACCACACCAGCAGCGCCGGCGGCAUGUACUCGCCGCUGCAGUCGGCGGCGCACGACGCGGCGGCCGGCAGCGGCGACGCCACGCCCGAGCACACCGGCACCACGGCAGCGACGGCGGCGGCGGCGCUCCGGGACGAGCGGGACACUGCCGGGGACGGUGGCGGCCGGCCCACACGCAGCUCCAACGGGACCGGCUGCUUACAGCCGCCGCCGGCGCUGACGGUGACAAUGGUGGCGGCGAGUGGCGGCGCCGCCGCAGCGAUGCCGACCAGCCCUCAGUCGCAAUCGCUGCUGGUACGUGCGGUGUCGUACUUCCGGGAGCGGACCUCGACGGCGGUGGCGCACGGCAGCAACAUCAGUCCCUCGCGCCCACACACGCUCACGGCGGCCGGCGGCGCCCCCGCCACCGGGGACCACACUGCCACAGCCGCUGCGUCGCACGUCACCAGCAGUGCCGCCGACUCGUCAGCGCACCGCCACCACCUGGCGGCUCAAGGCACCGGCCGCGGCGGGGGCAACAGCGCCAGUAGUCCAGCGCAGGCCGCGGGGCAUCCGGGCGCUCGCAGCGGCACGCAGUCGGCGGCGGCCUCCCUGGUGUUUGAAGAGCCGACGGAGCGGUCGCUGCAGCAGCAGCCACGCUCGCCGGCGCCGUUGCAGUUCGGGCGGCGCUCGUUGAACCUUGGCUCUGUGCCGGACCCCAACCCCGACAUGGCCCGCCUGCCCCGUGACGAGCUGCUGAUGAUGACCGCACGGGGCGGUGGCGGCGGCGGCAGCGGCGGCCCUCCGUCCCUGCUGCUGGCGGACCUGCAGGAAGCUGACUCCGAAUCCGAGGCGGGGCCAGGCGCGGGCGCGGCGACGCCGUACCUCACCGCCGCACCCACUGCACCGGCGCCUGCCUCCGCCCGCGCGAGCGGCACUGGCUCCCACCGGCAGUCGGACGGCUACUGCCACUCGGUGGCGGCGUCGUCGGCUGUAGGGCUGGCGGGGCUCACGGUCACAGGCGGGCCGCAGGUGACCUCCUCCUCCUCCCUCGUGUUCAGCACGGGGGCGCUGCCGGGCGACGGCGCAGCGGGGCAGCGGUCGCGGCGGAGCUCGGUGGUGGCGCUGCUGCCGCCCUCGCCGCACGCCAGUCGCCUGUGGGGGCGCGGGUCGGGCACAUACAUGCCGCCCAGUUCCGGCACGACGCCGGGCGAGGCGGCGGGGAUCGGGGCACAGGUACAGGGCAUGCAGGAGCGGUCCCUGCGCGCGCCGCCGCAGAGUGCAGACGAGACGGCGAUACAGGCGGCGAGUGGAAGCGCAGCCGGCGGCGGCGGCAGUGGGACAGCGAUUGAGCCGGCGGCGGUGGUCGUGCAGCCAUCGUCGUCCUCCAUCACAGCAUUGUCGCGGCUGGUUGACGACAGCCGCCGCCGCCCGCCUCGGAGGGUGGCGUCUGCCAUCGGCCCGCUGGGCCGGCGGCGCAGCAGCCUGGUGUCAGCGGCGGAGGCGGCGGUGCUGCCGGCGGCGGGCGUGGGCGCAACCGGCGCCAAGGCAACCGGCCCCUCGCCGUUGUCGCCGCCAGCUGCGGCCGGCCUGACGCCGAGCCCCUCGCAGCUGCUGUUGCACAAGAGCCGCAGCAGCCGCCUCACACCGGCCGGCCUGCAGACCGUCAUCGGCGCGGGCGGGGAGCGGGUGUCCGGCGCGGGCAUGGCGGGGGCUGCUGGCGGAGGCGGAGGCGGCUUCGCCGCGGCCGGGCGGCGGAGCAUGGGCGCCACCAGCGGCCUGGGGGCGGCGGUGGCGAGCAGGAUGCUGAGCAUGCCGCCGCCGCCACCCGUUGUGGAAGAGGUGGAGCGGCAGCUGGCCAAGGCCGAGGGCUGCUGGCACUUCAACGCCUUCAACCUGCGCGACGUCACCGGAGGCUUCCCGCUGUCGGCGCUGGGCUACUUCCUCAUGCACCGGGCCGGCCUGGUGGCGGCGCUGGACCUGCGGCCGCACGUGUUGGCCAGGGCUCUGAGGUACAUCGAGGCGGGAUAUGUGGACAACCCCUACCACAGCGCCACGCACGCCGCCGACGUGCUGCAGACGCUGCACGUGAUCAUCCACGGCGCGCAGCUGCACGUGCACUACCUGGACCCGCUGGGGCUGUUUGCGGCGUACUGGGCGGCGAUCGUACACGACUACCGCCACCCCGGCCUGACCAAUGACUUCCUCAUCGCCACCGGCCACCCGCUGGCGGUGCGCUACAACGACCGCUCGCCGCUUGAGAACCACCACGUCGCCGCCGCCUUCGCCGCGCUGCGCCGCCCCGAGCUCGACGUGCUCGCCGACCUGCCACCCGAGGCUCGCGUGGCGGUCAGGAAGCAGGUGAUCGACAUGGUCCUGGCCACGGACAUGAAGCAGCACUUCGCGCUGCUGUCCCAGUUCAACACAGCCCACCGCCAGCUGCAGCACGCCACCGCCACCGCCACCGCCGCGGGCAACGUCGCCAGCGGCACCGCUGCCGGCGGCGGCGCCGCCUCAGGCGCGGGCGGCGGCACCGCCAACGGGUCCGGCGGCAACCUGCUGCCUCGCAGCAGCGCCGCGCCGCUGCGGCCGGUGGGGUCUGGCGCCAUGCCGCGGCAGGGUGUGGGCGCGCUGGAGUCGACGGCGCUGCGCAGCCCUCGCAUGCUGGGGUCACAGCGCUCAGCGAGCGGCACCCUGGCUCCGGAGCCGCGGCCCCGCAGCGACAUGGCCAGCUCGCCGCACGCCCUGGACGUGCUCAUCACCAUCGGCGACGGCGUCGGGAACAAAGAGGCGGCGGCGGCGGCGGCAGCAUCAGGGGGAGGAGUUGGAGGUGGCGGCGGCGGCGGCAUGGAUCCGGCGUCGCCGCGAGGCGAGGUGGCGCCGCGGCCCAUUGACGAGACGGAGCGGCUGCUCAGCCUGCAGAUUGCCAUCAAGGUCGCGGACCUGGGCCAUCUUGGCGAGUCGCACGAGGUGCACAAGCGCUGGCUGUCGGGGCUGGAGGAGGAGUUCUUCCGCCAGGGCGACAAGGAGAGGGCGCUGGGAAUCCCCAUCAGCCCGCUCUUCGACCGCGCCAAGCAGGGCGUGAGCAAGAGCCAAGUGGGGUUCUACGACUUUGUGGCGCUGCCGCUGGUGCACGCGCUCGCGGGCGCGUUCCCCGGGACGCAGCCGCUCAUGCAGUGCUUCCAGAGGAAUUACCAGUUCUGGAGGUUUCAAGAGCCCCUGGCCGCUGCUGGACAGCAGAGUUGACGUGCGGGUGUGAGGAACGGUAAGGCUGCUCAACAGCACUGGCUAAGACAGCAGCACUUAACUCUGCAUUUAGCACAUGCAUGGUCGCGUACAGCAUGUGUCGCCAGCGUCUAAGACACAAGCAAAGAGAAGCAGAGAGAAUUGCCUGACAGUUAUAAGUAUAAUGCAUUGCAAGGCGGGCAAGGCAAGCAAUACCGUAGGUACCGGUACGCAGCCCCACAGCAGAGGAGUUUUAUCACUGGGGCAGGCAUCAACGCGUCGGAGCACGAACACAAUAUAUGAGCGCUGGUUCUACCGUAUUGACUAACAACUACCCUGGAAAGGUGAUGUUGCGGUGUGAAGCGCACGUGUGUGCUGCUACUGCGUACGGUGUCGUUGGUCAGCGAGAUAGGUGGAGUGGAGAGCGGCGGUGAAUACGGCUGUUCAGAUGCAUGCCCAAGUAAACGUGACCGGCUUUCUGGGUAGAUGCCGUGUGAUGUUUGGCUCGCUCACGCGGAGCCAUGGCUGUGGUCCAUUUCUCGUCCACUGGUGCCGUGUCGUUGUCUGUUGGAAGCGGCUGGUGCCGUAUACGUCUGAUGCUGUGUUUGCGUGCGUACACGGCCACACGGUGGUUCCCUACUUGCGAGCGGCAGUGCUGCGUGCAAACCUUGUUCCUCUAUGUUUUGGUGAACCUCUUGCCCUACCUUUUGCCAUGUGAAGGUGCGCACAUCUGGGAAUGUUGUUGGUGACCUCCACCGAUGUAGCGGGUGUAUUAAGUCUUGAAGCUAAAAGCCAGCAUUUGAUCAAGAAGGUUAUGAUGACGCGGACCUGGGAGAAACCGUCUUGUUGCAUUGAUGGGCUUGGUGGGAGGGAGUAUGUACUUCUGGACGUAUGCAUUAUAAGCGAUCCUGUCAUCCUUGGAUGCGUUUUGUGACUGCUUACAUGCAUUUGUCUGGGUAUUGUGUUUGGUGCGAGGUUGUGGCCGGUGUUUGCUAAGCGGCCCGCGGGCUGGUGGAGCAUGUGGUGUGCGCUAUGCGGCAGCAUGAAGGGCGCGGCUGCUCGUGUGCCUGUGUGUGUGGCUGCUGCAAUGAUCAGUACAGUACCUGAUGGGCGCUGCCUGAAGGUGCCUGCAGAAUCCGGCCCCUCUUACGUUCGGAUUUGUGGCAGCUAUGAGCUGCCCCUUUACGCCGGGCACGUGGUUAAGUGUCCGGAAAUGAAUUUGUUUCGGGAACUUCGGACACAUUAUUCACCCUCGGGCAGAGGUGUGGUGUGGGCUUCAGCGCACUUUCCUGUUGCGCAAACCGAGUGGACCUGAGUGGACCUCGUCGUGAGCUGUGCGGCAAGAGCUGCUGGCGUGUGACGACAGCCGACUCGGCAAGAUGGACUCGCAAUCGUCUAUAAGGGGUACCGUCCAGGGGGGUCGGGGCCUCGAGGGGGACCUGGGGAAGGGAGGGGAUUCGCACGUGCAGGGUGCCAACCCCAGGAUGAGACGUACGGUAUUACCGAGAAAGGUGUCUAUAAUACGGGGUGUGGGA